UCCCGUGGGGCUGUGGAGGUGUCGUGCGGGGCCGGCGGUGCGCUGCGUGUACGCCCCGCUGCUGAGAGCGAGUGGCUUACAUGCGGUGCGGGCAGCCGUGUGUCUGCAUGUGGGAAGUACGCAGACCUCUGCCGCCAGCGUACUGCAAGAGCAACAACAACAACAACAACCAUUGCUACUACUACUACUGCUAAUGGACAACCAAAGGCGGUGAUGGCCUGGAUGGGUAGUAGGGAUUUUUCCUAUGCAUUAACAGAUGCUGAGAAAACGAAGUACGACGAAGUUUAUGAACAAGAAAAAAGAAAGAGAAAAGAUUCUCAGGCUGUGCCGAAAAAUCAAGUGGAAACACAAUUACCGGAACAUGAAGAUCAGGAAACCACGGGAAACUUGCGAGAAGAGAAACGAGCGGAGGCUGAAGUACCCUUGAAAACCGUACCGGAGGUAAAAACCACGCUUCAGAAGGAAAGUGAAAUGGUCGUGCCACUUGUGUCGACUGUAGGGCAAGAAGAAUUAACUAACGUUGCUCCUACAGAACCUCUUUUGGCGGGUGGUAAGGCUGCAGGGAUUGCGUCACCAUCAGUCGGUUCAGAUUUAACAAAAACAGAAACAGGCCAAUCUGAAGAUGUUGAUCCUACCAAAAGAAAUCCACAAGGUGAGUCGGCAAACUCCACAGAAACUUCACAAGAAAAUGUUAAUCAUGGCAGUGCUACGCAGAAUCCUUCUCCAGCAGCGGAGAGUACUGCAACUCCAGAUACGACCGCAGUGUCAGAAUCACAAGAAACCAAUUCCACUACUCUUCCCAGCACCGAGAACACUACCACAGAAACACCAACCACAACUCCAUCUCCAUCUCUUGUACCUAGCGCAGAGAUCAGCAGCAACAUCGCCUCCACCUUGCAGAACAAGGCUAAUGUUGACAGCAGUCUCAGUCCUCUGUGGAUGCGUACUGCAGCACCACUACUGAUUGUGGCUAUGUUGUUCUCCACUACUGUGUACUGA